AUGCCGACUCAUAAACAGUUGUUGGAGGGGAGUGUCAACUUGUCCAAUGGUAAUCUUGAUCUUCUGUUGUCAGAAGAUCUGAGAUCAGAAAAGAUUGCUGAGAUCGUGUGGGUUGUAUCUGUAGGCAGCCCAGCCCAGCCCUGCCCUGCUUGUCUCGUCUCGUCCUCCCCCUCCAUCACUCAACAGAGCAAGAAGAGUGGGUCAACACUUUGGGUUAGCAUCUGUUCACGGUCAGGCACGCAAUUUCGGAAUCGACCUCAAGAAUUCACAAUCCGAGACGAUGUUUUUUUUUACAAGACACUGCAACUGCAGUACUUGAUCGUAAAUGUCUCUAUCCGUGAGUCAGAGGUAGGUACAACACAUGCGCUCCUUCCAUCCCGUAACUUCCAUGUAACUUCCUCGAGCACGGGAGGUGACGAGCCUCCCCGAACUGCGCCUCAGCCUGAAACUCAAGGGUCCAGCGUGAAUUCAGAUCAGAUUUUAAUUCAACCCUGCCCCGCGACAAACAGAUCAUCAGGGUCGAGAAAAAUGUUUGGCGUGUUACUCCAUUGA